AUUUAGUUCAUUUAUGUGUUUGAGUGCAUUGCCUGCACACAUACAUGUGUACAGCAUGGGUGCCUGGUGCCUGAGGAAGUCAAAAGAGGACAUCCCCCAUGGGAUUAUGGAUGUAAGCCACCCUAUGGGUUCUGGCAAACAAACCCAAGGGGGUCUGAAAAAGCAACAGGUAUUCUUAACCCUUGAGCCCUUUGGGCCAGUCCCAAGUUUAUUUUUAUUUUUACUUUAAUGUAUAUGCAUCUGUGUGUUGUGGUAGGGGGGAGGGGCAGGAGAAGGGGACAUGUUCCCUGGAGCUGGGUGGAUGUUUAUGAGCCACCCAACUGGAAGCAGAAACCAAAUUUAGGUCCUCUAAAAAACAGCAAGCUCUCUUAACUGCUGAGCCAUCUCUCGGGCCCCCUCAUUUUUUGCUAUGCAUCUCUGGGUAGUCUUGAACUCACUAUAAAAUCCAGACUGACCUAGAUUGGCCAUUCUUGCCUCAGCCUCCUCAUUGCGGGAUAUACCUGCCUCAGAAUCACAGCAGGUCGCCGAACUGGACUUUUAGGCUGGCUGUCAGUUUUAAUUUUAGUUGUUUAAAUGGAGGCACCGAUGUUUUUACUGGGAGCCAGCUGGCCUAGACGUCGGGUGUCUAGUUCUCCAGCAGCCAGGGGUGUUUCCUUGCUGCUCCCCCAUAUCACCCCAGGACCCCGCUCCCCAUCCCACACCGGUGGUCGACUCUCAGGGGUCCCUCGGCCAGCCCCUCCCCCAUCCCUGGGAACCUUGGAGGAACAGCGUCCGUUUCCUGCUGCUAUUAAACCUUUAAAGGCAGAGGGUAAAUAAAACCGUGCACUGAAAGGCGAUGACUCAGCCGCCCCCGCCGCCCCUGGCCCCUAGGUUGGUCCCCACAUUCUCCAGGAUAGCUUUGCUAGCCCCCUCUGAGCUUUCUGCAAAUCGGGGUUGUAGGGUUGCAGCCCGAGGUGUCUGUCGCCAAGAUUGUGGCACACAAACGGCUCAGGAAGGAGCAGGCUUCUUCCUGCUGUUCACAUGGCUGAGCAUUGCGGGGUGUUAUACACCCAUUCCCUUUCCUCACUGCUUAACCUAAUAAAGGUCAUUGUUCCAUUUUACAGAAGGGAAAAGAAACUCAGAGUACUCCUUCUAGGCACAACUCCGGGGAGCAAUACGGGUAAUAAAGCCCUUUGGGGCAGGGCCACUUCCCAAGAAGGUCUAGUGGGUGGCCUUUGGAUGCGCGCCCAAGUUGGGAGGAGACGGCUGCCGGGGCUGGGAAAGAAUCCCUGGGUCCGUGACCCUCGUGAAGCAGGAGCCUUGGGUCUCUCAGUGAGUGGAACUCUGGGCGCUGGGGUCCGGUCUAGGGGUGGGGGCGCUGCCUGGGUCUUUCCCGCCAGUGAGUCACAGCGAGCUGGGGCCGCUGCUGUGCAUUCCUAGGCAGGCGGCGCCAGCCCCCGGCCGGGGAGGGGACCUAGAGUUACUCCAACAGGCAGCUGGCACUUUGGGGCUGGAGGGGAGGCUCGGGGCGCCCAUCAGAGAGGCGCCGAGCAGCCCCCCUACCCCCUCCAGCCUCCGAUAAGCGGUAGCCCCAGGCAGUGGGUAGGGGGCAGCCCGGGGCGGUCGGUGGGGGCAGCCCCAAGAGCUUGCCUAGGCAGGAGAGUGCCCGGCUCCGGGGCGUGUCUAGGACGUGGGGAGGAGUCCUUAUAAGGCCCAUGCUGCGGCCGGCAGCAGAACCAGCGAGCGCAUUCGAUACAUCCUUUCGCAAUGGCUUCGAAACUCACGAUGACCCCCGGAGAGAUUCUUCGUGAAGGGGAGCUGGAGAAGCGAAGCGACAGCCUGUUCCAGCUCUGGAAGAAGAAGCGCGGAGUGCUCACCGACGACAGCCUGCGCCUCUUCUCCGGCACCAGCGAGCGCGCUAAGGAGCUGCGCUUCCAUUCCAUCCUCAAGGUGGACUGCGUGGAGCACACCCGCAAGUACGUGUACUUCACCAUCGUCACCACCGACUUCAAGGAGAUCGACUUCCGCUGCACCGGCGAGAGCUGCUGGAACGCGUCCAUCACCCUGGCCCUGAUCGACUACCAAAACCGUCGAGCGGUGGAAGGUUUCCGCCGCCACCGUUUUCAGCGCGCCGCGUCUGAAGCGGAGGAGGAGCCGGAGUCCCCGGAGCAGCGCGCCCUGAGUCCGUGAGACGCACGGGACCAGUCGAGCCGGGAACCAACCCACGCGGCCGCGUCAAACAGGAUCCCAGGAGCCCAGCAGAUGCCCCGGGCGACGCCGCUGCUCUUCGCCCAAGAUUUUCCCGUGCUUGCUGAGCCUCGCCCCGCUGUGCGGGCGCGCUAACUUAUUGGACUGUAUUUAUUUUGAUGGUCGUCCACUGUCAACCCACCGUUCCGUCUUAAUAUUUUUUAUACUGUAUUUUCAUUCCAAAUAAACAAUGCCAUUUCUCUUUUUUAAAACUUGUGUGGUUCGUGUAGUUCCUGCUGGCCUGAG